AGGAGCCCAGGCUUGUGUGCUUGUGUUUUCAACCGUUGAUAGGGAAUCUUUUGAAGCAAUUCCUACCUGGAGAGAGAAAGUUGUAUCUGAAGUCGGAGACAUUCCCACAGUUCUUGUUCAGAAUAAGAUUGACCUCCUGGAUUAUUCUUGCAUAAAAAAUGAAGAGUCCGCUUUUUUAUCAACACUCAUUCGUUUGAAACUGUAGGCUUUACAAAUAAAAAAAUACAUAUUUUCCAAAGGCCUUGAUAUUUUUUAUGCUACAGUUUUUAGAUAUUUGGCUGAGAAGUACCUUCAAAAAUUUAAGCAACGAAUAAUGGAAGAUCCAGAAGUUGUACAUACAAGUAGUAACAGAAUUGGU